AUGGUAACAAAAGAAGCAGCUAUGUCUUUCUCGCAAUUUGGAUAUCCUUACAAUGCAACUUCACAGUUUUUCGUGUCGGCAAACCCCAGUACGACUUGCUGCGAUUCGAUUUCCAGGUCGGUCUCUGACGGGACAGCCGGCUCCCAGACUGCCGCCGCCGCCUCCUUCUGCUGCCCGUCCUACGAGAACCGGAUCCUGGCGAGCAGCCGGACGGAGCUGAACGCGGCGCUGGGGAUGUACAGCUCUCCAUACGCCGCAGCGGCUGCCGCCACCCAGAACUACGCCAACUACUUCCCCUACAGCACCGACCCAUCCGCUAUCUACUCCACUCUGAAUCCACAGUAUGACAUUAAGGACAGCACAGGCACUUUACACUCUGGCAUCUCUCAAACGGCUGCUUACUAUCCUUACGACCACUCACUGGGACAGUAUCAAUACGACAGAUACGGGACAGUAGACUUUAAUGGCUCAGCCAGGAGAAAGAACGCAACUCGUGAAACUACCAGCACCCUAAAAACAUGGUUGUACGAGCACCGGAAGAACCCCUACCCCACUAAAGGAGAGAAGAUCAUGCUGGCCAUCAUCACCAAAAUGACCCUCACACAAGUGUCCACCUGGUUCGCCAACGCCAGGAGGAGGCUAAAGAAGGAGAACAAGAUGACCUGGUCACCAAAGAAUAAGGCCAACGAUGACAGGAAGGAUGACUUUAACAAGAGCGAAGACUGUCUCACCAAAGACUCCAGUGAUUGCAAGGAGGAGAAGGAUCUGCGUCUGAGUGACCUGGAGGACAUGGACGACGAUGACUGUGAAAAGCUGGACAGCGACUGUGAAAAGGGGGCUGCAGACGAGCAGGACCUCCAGAGGGUCAUGGCGCUAUCCGGACCCCCUCAAAAGAGAGACUGCAGCUCCGAGCUCCACCUGAGUUUAACUAACAGCUUCCACGCGUUCCCCUGCGCCAUCAAAGGUGUUACCAGCCUCCCCCCUCUUCCGUCUGACUUCCUGGAUCCUGUCGGGUCCAAGGCACCUUCCUCAACGGGGGGAACGUUGUCCCUGUCUCACUUUGAAGCAUCAGAUAAGCCUCGGAUUUGGUCUCUGGCUCGUACGGCGGCUUCGGGGGUCAUUCUGAGCCCCCAGCAGCACGGCUCGGAGCUGAGGACAGGCAACACAACCGGGGACUGCCAGCUCCAGAGCCCCAGGCUUACCGGCACUCUAACUGGACAGUGUGGGGGUAUGAGAGGCCUCCAUGAAUCUGGCGGUGUCACCAAUACUGAGAGCCCCUUCGCUGAGGGCUUAUCCUUGCACUCUAAAGUCUAUGGCACUGGCAGCUACAGUCACAAGGACCUCCAACUGCACUGUUCCUCCUAUUCUGCACUCCCAGACACAUGUCAGUACUCCACUAUUGAAGGGUUCUCUGGUGGCAAAGCAGAGACACAGUCGUCUGACCUUAGUGAAGCCUGCGGGACCGUGCAGGAUGACAAGGUCACUGCGUUCAGACCAGUGAUGAAGAGGUGAAGCAGAUUCCUGGAUACUGUACCACAAUAAAUAAU